AUGCCGGGCAACCAGAGCCGUGGAGGGUCGUCCCGUCGUCAGAGGCGGAUCCGCUCUCGCACAGACAGAGCCCGGCUGGUGUUCUCGGUGAGCCAUGUAGAGCGUCUUCUGCGGGAGGGCCACUACGCGCGGCGCCUGAGCUCCUGUGCUCCAGUAUUCCUGGCUGCCGUCCUCGAAUACCUGACGGCCGAGAUCCUGGAGCUGGCGGGCAACGAGGCCCAGAACAGCGGCGGGAGGCGCAUCACCCCGCCACUGCUGGACAUGGCCGUCCACAACAACGUGCUGCUCAGCGAGUUAUUCGGGAUCGCGACGAUCUCGCAGGUUGUCACGGAGCGGGAGUAG